UUUCGGAGUGAGGUUCGCAUUAUUCGUGGGACGUGUGAGUGGCGAGCGUUCGUAGGAAGCAAUGAAAACCAAUCGAUAUUAUUUGUAAAUAUUUCCGCAGAACCCGUCGUGCAGCUACAAUUAAGAUUUCGAACAUUUUCUCGGGUUGGUGCGAGUUUAAACGAAAGUAUUCAGACAUAUUUUGGUGAUUAGUGGAAAACUGUGGAGAAAUUAUUCCAUUUUUCUGGACAAGGUGAGACCACGUAUAAUCAUCGCUGGAUGUGUAUGAAAACGCGAAAGAAUUCCGAUGAAACAAAGCUCAAUUUGAUGUGUAGGUACGUGAAGAACGAGUACACACAGUGCUAUAGCAGCCACAUAGCACAUAUGGGACAGUCAACAGCGACGACCACGACGACGAAGUUAAUAUUCAUCAAAUAAGUGAGAGGUGAUUUUCCGUUUUAUUAUAUGAUGUGCUUCGACCAAUGCGAAAGUGUGUGCAAUGGUGAAAAUCUGAAGCAUAAAUUUCGACCUGUAUAGAUAUGGAUGGAGCAGCAAAUGUAAAUUAAUCCAACUCUCACUGUUGGCAACACGACCUACCAAGUGGAGAUUGUGCGAUUGUGUGUAAUAAUACAUGAAGGAAAGCAGUGUUCGAUUGGAGAAGAAGAAAUAAAUGAUAGUUGUUAAGUGAUUGCAAUUUACGGAGUUGAAGGAAUUUAUACUUUCAAUUGAAAGUUCAAAACGACUCGGUAUCCUCUUCGUUCCUGACUGGUGAAGUGUAUCACUCGAUUGCAUAUAGAUAAGCGUGCAGAAGAUAACACAAGUAAAGCGGACUAGGCUGUAACGAUGACGAUAAGUUCCAAGAUAACAGCUUAGAACUCUUAGUUUGUUUUGAUUCUCCCCAAUCUUCAUAUUUCGUCACUUCGCCGGCAUGGCCGCCUCACCAACUUCGACCAAUACCUCGAACUCAGUUUCACUGAACCGACAAUUGAGCAAGAAUGCCGACACGAUAUCCCUCUGUUCGACCACCAGUGCCUUCUCGACGUGCCCCGAUCGGCACGGAUUCUACGGUGGCAGUCAGUUCUCGGAGAAACCCGCAAAGGAAACCCUUACCAGAGAGCAGAUCAUUGCUCGCGAGAAGAAAUGGCUCCACAUGACCAACCACUGGCAGGAGUAUAUGAAUAAAAAUUACAAAAAAUUACGAGAACGCUGCCGCAAGGGUAUCCCGCAGGCGGUUCGUCCCAGAGCAUGGUUCUACCUGACCGGUGCCUACCAGUUGCAGCAAAAGUAUCCGAAUCUGUACAAUGAGCUGCUCCGCCAGCCGGGCAAUCCGCAUAUAAUCGACGAAAUCAAGAAAGAUCAGCACCGGCAGUUCCCGCACCACGAGAUGUUCAUCGACGAGGAAAAGCCCGGCCAGAAGGAGCUGUUCAACGUGCUGAAGGCAUAUUCGAUACACAAUCCAAAAGUAGGUUACUGCCAGGCUCAAGCGCCGAUUGCUGCCUUUCUACUAAUGCAUUUGCCCAGCGAGCAAGCCUUCUGGUGCUUUGUUACUAUCUGCGAUAAGUAUCUCAAGGACUACUUCACACCGGGUCUGGAAAUGCUCCAGCGUGACGCCGGUAUGCUGAACGGUCUGCUUAAGAAAACUUCCCCCUCGGUGUAUCGACACCUCCAGAAGCACAAGGUGGAUCCACUGCUCUACAUGACCGAUUGGUUCCUGUGUGCCUUGACCCGUACCCUGCCCUGGGACACGCUGCUCCGGGUGUGGGACUGCUUCCUGUGCGAGGGCAUCAAAAUCCUCUUCAAGGUCGCCCUGGUCAUCCUUGGGGCCAGUCUCAACUCGCACAAGGUCCGCAAGCAGGCCAACGGUCUGUGCGAAACGCUCGAAGUGCUCCGGUCACCGCCGAAAAAGUACCUCGAUCCGGACUUUGUGAUGCAUCACAUUUUCCGACUGAACAUCACCGUCGAAGAUUUCAUCCACGAGCACAAAAAGCAGGAACUGCUGCACCGGAAGGCGAAGGUCUCGUAGGGACGGGCGACUGCACCGGAGCAGGACGGCAGCCGAUCGCGAUGAGCGUCCGGGGUCUCUUCCACUCUAGUCUUGUUCGUGGUUACCGUGGAAGAUUCGAGCACCUGCGUCGCAAUCGGAGAUGUCGAGAUUUUUUGCAAUAGUUGUGGUAAGGUUACUGAAGAUGUAGUAUUAUGGACUGAUCCGGUUUUCAUAAAUCGCUAUCAAAACUUCAAAUUGAUUUCGGAACAAUCGUUCUUUUUUUGUUAUUCAUUGUGGGUUAGCGCAGUGGGAUUAUGGACCGAGAAUAUAUGAAUUUAUAAACUGAAACUCAUGUCGAUUGCAUCAGUUCUUACGUAAGAGUAGAAAGAGAUAAGCUCGAAUAGAUUGUUGGGGAAGUUGAUUGUAUACUGUUUGCUACCGAUUGGGCUGUUAUGCUUGCGGGUGGUGAGUAAUAAUAGGAUGUGAAAUGCGUAAUAGAUCACAUGUUCGUGGCAAGUAGAAGUAGGAAUUCCGGGAAAUGUUCAACGUUGAUGAUCCACUUCACGUUACUAAAGGUUCAAAUCAACCUAAGAAUGCAGGUCUAGGAAGUGUAUUGGAACGACAGUGGGGUCUUGCAUUAUAGCUUCAGCAAGUUAAGUGGAUCGGGAUGACCGCCUGAUAUUCUUUGUUAGAGAGCGAGUCGGGACGAAUAUACCGAUAAGGGUAGAACAGGAUAAUUAUUUUUGUUUGGAUCAUGAAGGAUUUCUGACGAUAAUUGAGGAAUUUAGAAGACGGCGCACGACGACCACUGGAGCAGAGUAGAAAAAGUCCAAGAAGAGCAUGGAGAGAAACAUUUGAAACAUUCCAAGAGUGUUUCUCCAUGCAUAAUCACAGGAGAUGACCAUUAAAACAGCUUCCACGAUCAACUUAUCCGGUAAAAUGGUUCUGAAGCUCUCAUCCUUAAAAUGUUGGAUUUCAAAUCCUCGAAAUGAGCUAUUCCACGCCAAAUGACAUAUCGGAAAAACUCAACCUUCUCCGAUUUGCAUGAAACUUUGCAUAAUUGAUUGCUAUGGGCAUUGUUUGGGGUUAUGGGACAAAUGGUCGAAAAACAAAACGACAAAAGGUACACACUUAGAAAUUAUCGCCGUAUUCGGUAGUUUUGACCGAAAUCUGAACAGCUGAACUGUUCAAUUUAAUUGCUUUUCAGUUCCUUUGAAACUAAAUCUCCACUAAAAUGACAAGACAACAAGGUUGAAUAUGUUUUGAAAAUAAUUUUUUUAAUUCAAUGGACUUUAAUAUGAAGGUCAAAGCUUUACCGAAAGUUCAGCUGUUCUGAUUUGGGGAAAAAAUUACCGAAAACUAAAACAAAAUCUUAGCGUGUAGGAUGAUGAUAAGGGGGUCAAAAGGUCGAAUAAUACGAAGGAGAACAAUAGGUCGAAUGAACAAAUGGCCGAAUGGUUCAAAAAGGGACAAAAGGUUGAAUAAUUAAAAGGGAGACAAGGUCGAAUAGACAAAUGGUCAAAUGGACAAUCUGUUGAAUGGUCCAAAGAGGAUCAAAAGAUUGAAUGGACAAAAGGACGAAUGGUACAAAAAGAGGAAACAAUGUAAUAAUGCACACAGAUUUCAUAAGAAAAUAUAAGAAAAUUAAAUUUCACAGUUCUUUCGAAUAAUAAUG